UUCGCAUCCGUGAUCUCCAAGCCCUAGCCGCUGCCGUCACUCUCGCUGUCGAAUCCGUUCUGCUUCUCUCGUCUCCAAAGCAACCAUGGCGGAUGUCGAAGUCGAUGCUGCUGCUGCUGCUGGACUACCGAAGAAAAGAACGUUCAAGAAGUUCAGCUUUCGAGGAGUUGAUCUGGAUGCUCUGCUGGACAUGUCUACUGAUGAGCUCGUCAAGCUCUUCCCCGCUCGUGCUCGCAGAAGGUUUCAACGUGGUCUGAAGCGGAAGCCAAUGGCUUUGAUCAAGAAACUUCGCAAGGCGAAAAGGGAGGCACCACCCGGUGAAAAACCGGAGCCAGUGAGGACUCAUCUGCGGAACAUGAUCAUAGUUCCUGAAAUGAUUGGUAGCGUUAUUGGCGUUUACAAUGGCAAGACCUUUAAUCAAGUUGAAAUCAAGCCUGAAAUGAUUAGCCAUUAUUUAGCUGAAUUUUCCAUCAGUUACAAGCCUGUCAAGCAUGGAAGGCCUGGUAUCGGUGCUACCCACUCUUCCAGAUUCAUUCCUUUGAAGUGAAGCUGCAUAUGCCUUGUUUUAUGUUUUGAAAUAUGGAUUGCUGUGAUCUUUGGUGAACUUUAUUGAAUUUUGUUUUGAUGUUUCCUUUUAAUUAAUGAUCACUGAUCAGAUUACUUAUGUUAUAGUUAGUAGACAUCUUUUCUUUGUGGUGGAUUCAAUAUUGGGCUUACAAGUUUCAAUUAUCACUCAUUUGUGUGUUUUCCAGUCGA